AUGGAAUCAAAUCACAAAUCCGGGGAUGGAUUGACCGGCACACAGAAAGAAGCCGCGCUCCGUGCGUUAAUUCAGCGAACGGGAUAUAAUUUGAUCCAGGAAAAUGGGCAGAGGAAGUAUGGAGGCCCACCACCUGGCUGGGAUGGCCCUCCGCCAGAGAGGGGGUGUGAGAUCUUUAUUGGGAAACUGCCCCGAGACCUCUUUGAAGAUGAACUUGUACCACUAUGUGAAAAAAUUGGCAAAAUCUAUGAAAUGAGAAUGAUGAUGGACUUUAAUGGCAACAACAGGGGCUAUGCCUUUGUGACCUUCUCAAAUAAACAGGAGGCGAAGAAUGCAAUAAAGCAACUCAAUAAUUAUGAAAUUAGGAACGGUCGUCUCCUCGGGGUCUGUGCCAGCGUGGACAACUGCCGCCUGUUUGUGGGAGGGAUCCCUAAAAUGAAGAAGAGGGAGGAAAUUUUAGCAGAGAUGAAGAAAGUCACGGACGGAGUUGUGGAUGUCAUUGUCUACCCUAGUGCAGCUGAUAAAACCAAAAACCGGGGUUUUGCUUUUGUAGAAUAUGAAAGCCAUCGGGCAGCAGCCAUGGCCAGGAGAAAAUUGCUCCCAGGAAGGAUCCAGCUGUGGGGACAUCCUAUCGCCGUUGACUGGGCAGAACCAGAAGUAGAGGUGGACGAAGACACCAUGUCAUCGGUAAAAAUUCUUUAUGUGAGGAACCUCAUGCUCUCCACCACUGAAGAGACCAUAGAAAAGGAGUUCAACAUCAAACCAGGUGCAGUAGAGAGAGUAAAGAAAAUCAGAGACUACGCCUUUGUGCACUUUAAUAAAAGAGAAUAUGCAGUGGAAGCUAUGAAAGCCUUGAAUGGAAAGGUGCUGGAUGGGUCCCCGAUCGAGGUGACAUUAGCCAAACCCGUCGACAAAGACAGCUACAUCAGAUACACCCGGGGCACAGGUGGCAGAGGCACCAUGCUUCAAGGGGAAUACACCUACGCCUUCGGACACAUGUAUGACCCCGCCACCACCUACCUGGGCGCCCCAGUUUUCUACGCACCCCAAGCCUAUGCGGCUAUCCCCAACCUCCACUUCACCACCACCAAGGGGAUCAGCAACAGGAGCAUCAUCCGACCUCCCUCCAUCCGAGAAAUUUACAUGAAUGUACCUGUAGGGGCUGCGGGAGUUAGAGGACUGGGAGGUCGCGGCUACCUGGCGUACACGGGCCUGGGGCGCGGAUACCAGCUCAAAGGAGAAAAGAGGGGAGAGGAUAAACUCUACGACCUCUUGCCAGGAAUGGAGCUCACGCCGAUGAAUCACGUCACGCUAAAGCCCCAAGGGAUCAAACUUGCUCCUCAGAUCUUAGAAGAAAUCUGCCAGAAAAACAACUGGGGACAGCCUGUUUACCACCUCCACUCUGCAAUUGGCCAAGACCAAAGGCAGCUCUUCCUAUACAAAAUCACCAUCCCUGCCCUCGCCAGCCAGAACCCCACCAUACAUCCCUUCACACCACCCAAGCUCAGUGCCUAUAUUGAUGAAGCCAAAACCUACGCAGCAGAAUACACCCUUCAGACGCUGGGGAUUCCCAUGGAGGGAGCAGAGGUGCCUCCUGCAGCACCAGCUUUUCCAGGAUACACCAUUGCUAAUGCAGCUGCAACUGUCACAGCCACUCAGCUUAAACAGGCGGUGACUAUGGGACAAGAUUUAGCGACGUACGGAGCCUAUGAAGCCUACCCCGCCUUCGCAGUUGCUGCACGCAGUGAUGGUUAUGGAGCAUAUUAAUCCUGUCUUUAAUAGUGUUCCCUUAAAUUGAGCACAGACAAAAAAAAACCAAAAAAAUUCUCAGUCUGGUAAUUCUUACACCCUCAUGAUUUUAAACUAAUCUGUCACCUAAAGUUAGAUUUUAGUCAGAGUUUCAUUAUUGUAGUUCUUUAAUUUCAUAACAGGAUACUGGAGAGAAAAGGAGAAAUUUUAAAAAGAUCACUCAAAAUCAGAUUUUCACACUAGAAAGCAAAAUCUCAGCCCAGAAAAUUAGUAGUUCUCAGGUGUGUGUAUAUACAUACAUAUAUAUAUGUAUAUAUACAUACACACCAUUGUGUGUGUGUUUACAAGCAAUAACCUGCGCUGAAAACAGUUGGUCCCAUGGAUAUGGUGAGGUGGGACCAGGGAAAGAUGUUGUAUGUCCAGCAAGCCCCUCUGUGCAUCAGGAGUUCUCCUCCAUACACCACAAAAUUUCUCAAGUCAGGCAGAGCAGCAGGUAAAAUGGAAGGCUGCCCUUUGGGCACGUGGAGAUCUCCAGUUUGCCUCUUACUGCCUCCGAGCAUCCCGUGUCACCAGUGCUGGGGGGAUGUGUUCAGGCAUCUCAAGAGGCUUUUACAUUCCUUCUGGCACAGCCAAGCAAAGAAGACAUUUAUCAUAAAUGUGUCUGCCCAGCCUAACAGGCUAGUUUCCCUGUUCUUGAAAUUUGAUUUUCAAAGCAGGAGACAAGCAUUCAACAGUUUUCCCUCGUACUUGGCUAUGUCCCAGCCAUACCUACAUGUCACAAACCAACAAAUAAUUCACCUCCCAUCAAAUGGCAAAUUCAGUGAAAGAUAGGAAGACUUCUAUGACUAUUACUGUUGAGGACCAGAAAAGUGCUAUUCAUUAGGGCCAAUUGUCUACUUCAUUAGAGCACAAGAGCUCACAGACAUGGCCCAGUAAAAAUAGGUGCCUCUACAGGAAUAAAAUUAUAUACAAGAAAUAUUUUCAACAGGAUGGAAAGAGCCCUGCCUGGCUACCAAUACUGCUUUACACGUUAAAGCAAGGCUCCUGGCUGCUGCGAUUCUUGCAAAAAUUAAUUUAAUGGAAGAAUGUUCAUGGCAAUAGUAAAGGUGUCUCUUGUUUUGGAGAGCACUGGUGUUGGCAUUGUUUGAAUGCUUUGGGAAUUCUCAGAGCAUCCUUUGGUUUACAGGAGGAGGGCAUUAUCCAUUUGUUUUUGCCAUCAGAUUGAGGCAGGAGUAAUGAUGCUCUAGGGAUAUAGGAGAAGCCCAGUGUUAGGUAACAACAGCAGACACACUAAUCCUAUAUAGUAUAUCCUAUACAGUAAUACACACUAAGAAAAAUGAAUUUGUUCAAUCCAGGGCCAGAAAAAACCCUUUUGGCAGGAGAAUUUACAACCGUGUUGACGAUGUCCAUUGAUUCCAACAGCACUUGCCCCAAAGUUUUCAUCCAGUCUAGAUGAUGUAGGUGGUACCAUACAAGGCCUUUCAAGCAGAGUUUUUCCUGUGCAUCCCCAAAGCUGUACAAAGCACAACGGUCUGUGACAAGGUGUUGACUACCAGGAGCUAAGUGUUUUCUAUUCUCAUGCUUCCGCUGACGGGAUUUCACUAGGAAUGGAACAAAACACAUAAGCUGUAUAGUCUGUGAUACUAUUAGACCCUUUCUAUUUAUAAAGUAGCUCAUUAGGGUGAUCUUCAAGGUAUUACAAGCCCUCUGUGGUUGCUGUUUGGCACUCUAGACUUCACAGAAAAUGACAAACUUGUUCACAGAGGGCAAAAUAACGAAGUGUUAUGGGUAUCGUGGCUCUAUUUUCUCUUCUGUCUAUGUCUUUUAAGUCAUGUUUGACUGCCAACAAGUAACAUAUCCAUGUGUGUGUCUCUCUCUAGAAGACUGCCGUUGGCAGAAAGUGUUUCUCUCUUUCCAUGUUCAGUAACUUUAGUCAGCUUUUUCAGCUAUUUAUAUAAAUUCAGAAAGAUGUCAAAGAAAAGGGCAAGAAGCAGUAUUAAAAAGUGUGUGCAUGAAGCACUUAUUUUUGUACGCAUAGUACAAUAUUGUAUAGAGUUUUAACACUAUGAAGUGUAGCAAAAAAUCACACUAUCCAUUUAUUGGAGGAUAAUCAUGUAUGUUUAAACAGAAUGAAGUGAAAAUGGCAUCUUAAUCAUUCAUUACAAGGAAAUUAUAACUGGGAUUAAAUUCU